ACUAAUACAAAACAUGGAAUUAAAAAUUAAAAAACGCGGAAAAUAAAAAUUUAAACAGUGAAACAAGGAAAAAUUACGAAGUGUUCGAAAUUUGUGUUUUUAACGAAGUGUGUUAUAAGUGUUUUUGAUUCGGCAUAAUGGUUGCUCGCAAUUAUACCGAAUCAAAUUAUGCAAGAUUAUUACAACAAGGUGCUGAAAGCGGCGAUGAAAUGGGUGUAGGUGGUGAUUUUAUAACGUUAACAACGCCACAUAAACAAAUAUCACCAAUGGCACCACAAUUGUAUGUUCCUAGUGGUGUACAGUAUUAUGACUUAAAUAGUAUGACAGAGAGUUCAUGUUCCGCAUCAAUGUACCUGGGAAACAGUGCCACUUCAAGUACUACUAUGGAAAUUCACCAAGUCGAUAGCAGUACAUUACAUCACCAGUCAAGAAAGAGGAAAGCCUCUUAUCAAAAUGGCUCCAGUAAUUAUUCUACCAAAUCAUUAAGUCGUGACGGCAGCGAUUUUGAAGACGAUACAGGAGAUGAUGCCAAAUCGGUUCGCACAAAUGAUGAUAGUAGAAAACAAAAUCACAGUGAAAUUGAAAAACGUAGACGUGAUAAAAUGAACACAUACAUAAUGGAACUAUCGUCAAUGGUACCAAUGUGUCAUGCAAUGUCACGAAAAUUAGAUAAAUUAACUGUGUUAAGAAUGGCUGUACAACAUUUAAAAACGAUACGCGGUGCUGUACACUCAUACACCGAGGGACAUUAUAAACCAGCAUUUUUAUCCGAUCAAGAAUUGAAAAUGUUAAUUUUACAAGCAGCUGAAGGUUUUCUAUUUGUUGUUGGAUGUGAUCGGGGUCGAAUAUUAUAUGUAUCAGAAUCAGUAUCAGAAAUUUUAAAUUAUACGCAGGGUGAUCUCCUUGGACAAAGUUGGUUUGACAUUUUACAUCCAAAAGAUGUAGCUAAAGUUAAAGAACAGUUAUCCUCAUCGGAUUUAAGUCCUCGAGAAAGAUUAAUUGAUGCAAAAACAAUGUUGCCGGUUAAAACUGAUGUUCCUCAAGGUGUUUCUCGUUUAUGUCCUGGUGCAAGACGAUCAUUUUUUUGUCGAAUGAAAUGUAAACUAAGUACUCAAAUAAAAGAAGAAGCUGAUACAACGACAGGUUGUCAUCGCCGGAAAAAGCAACAAAAUUCGGAUCGUAAAUAUAGUGUAAUACAAUGUACGGGCUAUUUAAAAUCUUGGGCACCAGCUAAAAUUGGUUUAGAUGAACAAGAAGGUGAUGGUGAUGGCGAAACUUGUAAUCUAUCAUGUUUAGUUGCCGUUGGACGAUUACAACCACAAAUAUCAACAAUGCAAACUAGUGAUAAUAAUACACCACGACAGCCAAAUGUACGGACAAUCCAAUUUAUUUCACGUCAUGCUAUGGAUGGGAAAUUUUUAUUUGUGGACCAAAGAGCAACAUUAGUAUUAGGAUUUUUACCUCAAGAAUUAUUAGGCACCUCAAUGUACGAAUAUUAUCAUCAUGAAGAUAUUCCAAUGUUAGCUGAAUCACAUAAGUGUGCGUUACAAGGAUUAGAACGUGUUACUACUGAAGUUUAUAAAUUUAGAAGUAAAGAGGGUAGCUUUGUUAAACUACAAAGUGAAUGGAAGUCAUUUAGAAAUCCAUGGACAAAAGAUGUUGAAUAUCUUAUUGCGAAAAAUUCUGUGAUAUUAUCUGAUUCUAGAACUGUUGAAAGUAGUGCUGUAAAAUUAGAAGGAUCAAUGCAAACGAAUUUUGAUUUCUUCUCACAAUCAAAUGGUAGAGAUAUGCAACGGUUAAUUAAUACACAUGUAGAAGCAAGUAAAAUAGGUAGACAGAUUGCUGAACAAGUUAUUGAUUCACAACGAAGAGCUGGAGACUCAUCUUCUGGAAGUAGUCCAGAUCCUGACACAAAUCCUAUUAUUCCUAUUUCAACAACGGCAGAGACUUUAAUAUCAACCAGUAAUUCACCAGAUCAUAGAUCAAUGCCUACACCAUCUAAAUUAAAUGGAACUGUAAAUAAUAACUUUAGUCAUGUUAGGAACAAUGUAAUUCUACCUAAUGAUCCAGAGAGUGAAGAAGAGAUUAUAAAAAUGAUGAGUAGCAGAAUAAUACCAGAGUCGACAGUAUCAGGAAGUGCACCUACAGAUGGUAAUGAUGAAGCGGCUAUGGCUGUUAUAAUGAGCUUAUUAGAAGCUGAUGCGGGUUUAGGUGGUCCAGUUGAUUUUUCAGGCCUUCCUUGGCCAUUACCUUGACAAUCAGUUAAUGCACCUACAAAUCGUGUUUCUGAGUCUGUUGAAGAUAUAUUAGCAACUUAUGUCAACUAUAUUGAUGGUACAAGUAUUUGAUUAAGUGUCGCUUCUUGUAUCGUUGCACCAGCAUGUAUGUGUCUAAAUGUUACAGUGAUUUAGUUCCAAUUCUACUGAUCAACGAAGUUUAUGUCAUUGAAAUUAAGAUAUAAAAAUGGUGCCAUUGUAAAUAAACUUUAACCAAAUAACGUGUAAAGAACUUAAUUGAAUUUUUAUGGGGAACAUAAAAUUUCUAGAGAUAACUGCUGAUUGUAAUGUUUCAUGUUGUAAUCCAUAGAAAAUUGAAUUUAAUGAAAUUAAAAGUGAACUGGAAUAUUUUAUCUCAGCUUAAGU